AUGUUACUUCGACAAUUCAAUCGCGUCUCCUCGCCGAGCUGGAUCUCGCGCGUUCCUUCAGCAAUGCCUCUACGCGCUAAGGUGACCAACCCUGCCUUUCGGGCAACAGCUAUGAUGUCAACUACUCCUGAUAUUCCCAAAGAGCUCCCCGGCGAUGAGCGCGAUGAUGUUCUGUUCAACUCGAUCUAUGGAAUCCGCAGCGUUGAGCUCAACCGACCCAAGAAGCUCAACUCCCUCAAUGGCUCAAUGGCUCGCAAGAUUCUCCCUCGGUUGAAGGAGUGGGAGAAAUCUCACCUUGCAAACAUGAUCCUCAUCUCCGGAGCGGGCACCAAGGCUCUCUGCGCAGGAGGCGACGUUGCUGUCCUGGCGCAGCAAAAUGAGAGUGGAGAGGAAGGACAAAAAGCAUCGACAGAUUUCUUCGGGCUCGAAUACCGCCUCGACCACCUGAUCGCUACAUAUUCGAAACCUGUUAUCUCAUUUAUGGAUGGAAUCACCAUGGGUGGUGGUGUCGGCCUCAGCAUGCACGCCCCCUUCCGAAUUGCGACUGAGCGUACCCUUUUUGCUAUGCCCGAAACCACCAUUGGCUUCUUCCCCGACGUUGGCGGCUCGUUCUUCCUCCCGCGUCUCGAUGGUGAGACCGGCACAUACCUGGCUCUGACCUCGGAGCGCCUGAAGGGUGUCCAGGCUCUGUAUGCAGGCAUUGCCACACACUACCUGCACUCGAGUGUUCUGAGCAGUGUGGCCCAGCGUCUUUCCGAGCUGACUUUCCCCGACCACGUCGAGCUUCCCGAGCGUUUGGAAAUCGUGAACAAGACUAUGGCCGAGUUCUCCCUUGGCCUCCCCCGCUUGAGGAGGAGCCUAUGCUCAUGGCUGGUAGUCUGCGCACUGCCAUUGACCGCUGCUUCGGGUUCAACACUAUGGAGGAGAUUAUCCAGGCUUUGGAGAAGGAAACCGAGCACAAGGAGUGGGCACAGAAGACAUUGGAGACCCUGUCAGGACGCUCCCCCGACUUCUCUGAAGGUGACCCUGCGCCAGAUGCGCCUAGGCAAGAAGUGGACCAUCUCAGAGACCUUCCAGCGCGAGCACGAGAUCGCUGCCAAGUUCAUGCGCCACCCUGAUUUCGUCGAAGGUGUCAAGGCCCGUCUGGUGUCCAAGCCUGCCCGCCAGGCCGAGUGGCAGCCCGCCACUCUCGAAGAGGUCUCGGAUAAAACCGUGAACAGCUUCUUCCAGAUCCCCAACAAGGCAUCCCGCCUUGCGCUUCUGAGCGAUGGAGAUUACAAAUACUACCCUCAUGCCCACUUCGCUCUUCCCUCCGAGAGAGAGAUUGAGCAGGUUGUGCGCCAAGGCCACGCAUCGCGGAGACCUGUGGUCGAUCACUUCCUCGAAAAAUAUGCCCACCGCGAGGGUGUGCGCCGAAAGGUUGUCGAGGUGAUUGCCCGACGGACGACGACAUCAGCUCCCGAAGGACUCAAGCCCCUAGAGCCUAGCCGGCGCUCAUCAGAAAGCAACAGUACCAUCAAUGUUUCCAGCAAUUUGUUACCGACAUCGGCGGAUGAUGCUUCGCCAACCUCAAAUGAUAUCCCAGCACCAGAAGCCCGCUCAGUACUAACACGCCUAUAUAUCUCGCACACUCUGUCAGCGUGGAACUCACGCAUGUUCGAAUUCGGCGCUGUGCUCUUCCUAGCCUCGAUAUUUCCAGGGACACUACUAUAUGCUUCGAUAUACGCUCUAGUGCGGGCGUUUUCAGCCGUCGCGCUAUCGUCCUGGUUGGGUGCGCAAGUUGAUCGUUCCGAUCGGCUUGUUGCUGUGAGGUAUUCUAUUGGUAAGUCGAUGUUGAUUUGGGUAUUGCACUGUGUUAUGUUUCGCCGUGUUAUCAUUCAGGGCCAAUGGCUAAUCAAACGAGUAGUGUGGCAAAGAGUCCCCGUCGCAGUGUCUUGUUUGUGCUUUGUGGCAACCGUAUCUACGGACUCUUGGGCGGUUACGAUCGCCUUGUUCGUUGUCCAGGGCUUGCUUGCUUGUAUAGAGAAAUUGGCCGCUACGGCUAAUACGGUGGCUGUGGAACGGGACUGGGCAAUUGUGAUCUCGGAUAGUAUCAAUGUCCCACGACAAGACUUGAACGCUUCAAUGAGACGAAUCGAUCUCUUCUGCAAACUACUAGCACCAGUAUUCAUCUCCUUAAUCGACAGCAUAUCAUCUCAAUACGCAAUUUGGACAGUAUUCACUCUGAACACCGCAUCCGUGCUAGUCGAAUAUAUGGCCAUUUCCCAGGUCUACCAAUCCGUCCCAGCCCUGACAAAGACACAAUCUCCAACAACACAAGCAGAUGAUAUAAAUAGAGCCGAUGAUCCCCAGGACAACGCAUCUCGCAAGAUCCUCAACUCCGUACCAGAGACACUAGCACCCUGGAAGGAAUACAUAGCCAGCCCCGUAUUCCUAGCAUCCUUCGCCCUGAGCCUGCUCUACCUAACAGUCCUAUCCUUCGGCGCAACAAUGACCACAUACCUGCUGGACACGGGCUUUACCUCGUUACAGGUUAGCUACAUGCGCAUCGGCGCCGUGGCCGCCGAGAUAUCUGGCACAUGGACAGCGCCUAUUAUCAUGAACCGGAUCGGACCCAUUCGGUCCGGGCUGUGGUUCCUCAACUGGCAAUUUGUUUGUGUGGCUGGUGCUGCGGUGGCUUUUGUUGCUUGGGACUCGAGCUCGCGGUUUGUGGCGGGUACGUUGAUUGCGGGCGUUGCUUUGAGUCGAAUUGGGCUUUGGGGAUUUGAUUUGUCUGUUCAGUUCCUUGUUCAGGAGAAUAUCCAGGAACACACUCGCGCCCGCUUCUCGGCGACGGAAAUGGCGCUGCAGAAUGUUUUCGAGAUGCUUUCUUUUGCUUCAACGAUUGUUUUUCCACUUCCGGCUCAGUUCGGGUAUCCGGUGAUGAUCAGUUCUGGGGCUGUGGCGGUCGCUGCUGUUUGUUUUGCGGCGUAUGUGCGCAAGGAACGAGGUCAUCUACUGCAUCGAUCACGGUGUAUGGGUGGGGAUAAAGUGUUAUAUCGAGCGGUUGAAUCCGGUUCGGUUUAG